UUAUAGAAAGAAAAAAAAAUAAAAAAUUAAAAUUAAACGUUAUGUUGCGACGUACGAAAAUGAGUUUUUUAACGGUAGCUUCGAUUUGUUGGAUAAGCGUAAAUAUUUUGUCAUCCUUGAAUUUAUGCUACGCCUGGAAACCAAUAGUGGGUGCAGCCUAUGCAACAUCAUUUGCUCUGCAGCAAUCGCAUCCUGAAGGCGAAAGCAAGAUAUUCUCCUCGAACUCACAUGAGAGUAAAGAACUGUCCGCAACAUCGGAUAUAGGUUUUACAUUGGGCAACAGUCAUGCCGGAAGUAGUGUGGGCGGCGCUGUACCAUUCAGUUUCCAUGAUGAACAUUUUGGUUAUGAUGAUAGUUUUGACGCUGCUGCAGGUGGCAGCUCUUUUGGCAAGGAGCAAUGUUCGGUCAAAAAAUAUGCCUUCAACUAUGAUGGCACCGUCAGAUAUAAUAAUGAAGUACCAGAAUUAAAUCAGUUCACAAUUUGCUAUUGGACACGUUUCACUAAUCACAGUGGUGAUCACGUCAUAUUGACUUAUUCCGCAUUUGAAAUCGGAAUCGAAAUCGAAAUCGAGAUGGAAAUGAAAAUGAAAAUGGUUUAA